AUGUUUAAAAGCAAGGGUUUUAGGGGCGUUACCAGUGUAAUAAAGUCGGUGACAGGUAAUAACGACAAUACUAUACCCAGCUCCAAGCUUUUUGAGCUACAAGAAGUUAACAGACAUGGUUUAAGUGGGAAAGUGGUUUCCUUCGCAUAUAAUCCAAUUCAAAGUUUACUUGCAGUUGCUACCGAUACAGGAGAAGUUCAUAUUUAUGGUAAGCAGCAAGUAGAAGUUGUUUUUACUUUAAAUGUCGAUAUAGUGGUUUCUAUGAGAUUUGUUAAGGGUAUUUAUUUGGUGAUUAUUGAUUCAUUAUCGUGUAUAGUAGUGCUGUCGCUUUAUUCGAAGAAAGUUUUAACUUCAUUUUAUCCUCCUGGGAAGAUAACAUGUGUUGAGACAGACCCUUGUCUAGAUUGGAUGUUAAUCGGGUUACAAAGUGGUACUAUAGCUGUUUACGAUAUAGAUCGUGAUGUUCUUUCUUCAGUGAAGAUUGAGAAUCUUCAAAAGGAACAUAUAUUUCCUCAUAGCCCUAUAUCCCCUGUUAUUUCGAUACAGUGGCAUCCUCGCGAUCUUGGCACUGUUCUCAUUUCAUAUGAUCGGUGCACGGUGCUAUACUCAUUGUUCACAAAUAAGGUCAAGCAGAGAUUUGUCUAUGAGCUAGAACCAUUUGCUCCUGGUGGCCUUCCCGGUGAGAAUAUAAACAUGAGAAGAACACCCGCGGUGAUUCAGUCAUUGUGCCAUCCAAAUGGCUUACAUAUCUUAACUGUUCAUGAAGACAAUAGCUUAGUCUUUUGGGAUGCCAACAGCGGUAGACUUAUCCAGGCUCGCUCGUUGUCAGGUACUGAUGUUAAUGUUCCAACUAAGGACAUAAGUGUUCCUAACGAGGGUAAGAUCCAUAAGGUGUUAUGGGUAUGUGAGGCAGAUCCUCAGAAGACUUCGCUUAUUGUUAUGGGGGGAACUGCCAAAGAUAAUAAAGUUUGUCAAGAUCUAACAAUUAUAGAUCUAGGAAGCUGUCCCAAAUACUCUGUUGCUUCAUAUGAAAAGAUGAGCAAUCAUUAUUCAUCUCCUGUAAGCAAGAAAACCAUUUUAGUGUCAGGAAAAGGUACUAUGGUGGACGCCAUAACUUUAGCCAGAAAGUCACCUUACUAUGCGGGUAAUCACGAUCCAGGUGUAAUUUUGGUCUUGUUUGAUAGUGGAGAGAUAGAAUCUUUGUUGUAUCCCUCUGGACAGGCCACGUACAAAAGUUCUCUUUUCCCCCAGGGGUUGUCAUGGGUUAGACCAGAAGCUACUAGGUCAUAUGCAACUACAGCUCCUUGCCAAUUGUGGUUGGGUAUGAUGGCUUCUACCUCUAACAAAGAUCACCUGUUGCAUGGUGGUAUUCAAGCACGGAGAAAAGCGAGGGUGUUGUGGCAUAGAAGUAUUCUACUCACUGGGCAUGCAAUGGGUUGCGUCAGAAUUUGGGAUGGUUCGCAUCGUGAAUUAAGCGAUUCAUCUGCAUUUGAGAUAAAUGUUGCCCAGGUGUUGGAAAAUAACAACGAUGCAGUGGUAGAUAAUAUAUCUUAUUCAUCAGAUACUGCAGAAUUGGCUGUGUCUAUCAAUUCUGGGGACGUUGUGCUUUACAGGUUCCAGGACAAUGUUAGGUAUGAUCCACAGGCCUCUUCACUGCCGCGGGAUAAAGACCUACCUCCAUUUUCGGUAGACCGAAGAAACAUCUUGGUUGAUGUGUCUAGCAAGACUCCUCGGAAUUUCAGGGAAGGAUUUUGUCCAAUUACUGCUAUACAGCCCGAGUUUGGUAAGGUAACCGCCUUAACCAACAGUAAUAUAGGCUUUGUUGCUAUUGGUUAUGAGGAUGGUACUUUAAUUGUUGUCGAUAGACGCGAACCUAAUGUGAUGUACAUCGAAUCCAUAACGAAGUUAACAAAGGCCGGUAGCACAUAUUUUACCAAGGUAGAAUUUUGCAUCAUGUCUUAUGGCGAGGACUCCUAUUCUAGUAUAUUGAUGAUCGGCGGUACAAAUCGUGGUGAGUUAAUUAUUUUCAAGAUUUUACCCACUUCUACGGGGAGAUUUACAAUGAAACCAGUGGAUUCAGUGACUUCUGUAGUAGAUGGCCCCGUAGCGAAUAUUGAAGGCAUAACUAAUAAUGGAAAUGUCUCUUGUAAGGCCGUGGUCUCAACAAUGAAGAACCUCACAGAGGGAGGACGUAUAGAAGGUGUACUUAUCAUUACUGGUCCAAGUGUAGUUAAGGUACUUCUGCCUGGUCUUUCAAGAGUCUCACAGACAUCAUUCAGACGCAAGAUCGCAACGAGUGGGUGCUCAUUUAUAACAUACAAAAACGGCGAGGAGGAGAGUAUCAAUGUGGGAGUCUUUGUAGUGUUAACUGCUAACUGCGAGGUGAGGGUUUUAAGUCUUCCAAAUUUAACAGCUAUCAAGACCAUGGUUCCUCAAGUUAAGGCCCAGGCCAAAUAUAUUGGAGAAUCCGCUGUUUUAGCAAACGGUGAUAUAAUGCUACGUACAGGGCAGUCAGAAGCAUGGUUGUUGACCAUAAUGAAGGAUCCAUUCAUUACCGGUGAAAACAUAGAGACGGAUAGUAUUUAUAAUUCGGAGGCACACAUUCACGCUCGCCCACAUAUCAGUUCCAGACAGUGGGUUCUUGGUACUAUGAUAGUAAAGCCAGAAGAUGUGGAUGAGUUAUUAGGUGGUGAUGCCAGAAGGCCACCAACUCACGAGGAGAGCGCAUUAGCGAAAAAGACGUUGCUACCUAGCUCUACGUUGUGGUGCCGGAGUAGUCAUUGUCCCCCGUCUCCCGAACCAACUACCCACCAUAAACCAGGGUUCUCUUCAAGAAGAACAGGUGGUCCCUGGCGGACUAUUUCCCGCACUGUUCACAGUGGGGUGGACUAUAUUGAGGAUACAGUUAAUGAAUAUGCUACGGCAGCGAAUCAGAGUAUUGAUGAAGCUGUUAGUCAAACCAGAGAGGGUAUCGUCAAGGGUAUGUUCAAGAGCAAGCUUGGCCUCUAA